CCUUUUUACAUUUCAGUCACGCAGCCAUGCUCAGAUUUGAGAUGUAGCAUGAAGGAUGUGUUUUUUUUCUGUCGCAGCUCGUAUCAGUAAUUUAAAGCAAAACAUCGCGCUUGGCAUCGAUAUCUUUGAUUUAUCUGAUUUAACAUGUAAUUUUAGACAAAAAGCCUUCUGAAAGCGUUAUUUUGGAUCAUCUGCAUUGCUUGCAUCCGAUCGACCGACUGCACCUCGUCGAGACGAGUAGCGCGCGAUAUCCGAUAGAAAUCAAGAAUUUCCUCGGGACAUUUCAUAUUUUUACACCCGUCCAUUUGCAAAUUAGGCCUAUAUAAAGAUAUAGGAAUUAUUAUAGCAGAACUGGGCACAGGUCCAUUAAUGGUUUGGAUUUGAGAUCACAACUGGCGAUAAAUUGCGAUGCUUAUCAUCCAACACCAAUGAUGCUGCGGUAUGAGGAAAUAGCCUAGAAAGGUGAUGGACAAUGACCUGUCCAGCGGGUAUAAGACACCGGCGCUCCUGGUCUUGAAUGCAGCGGAGAGAGACACCUAACCGGGUGUCACAGUCAGCCCUGGAUGCUGCGCCGAAGAAUGGGAUACUCCGACCCAUCGUCGGGUAAAGAUAUACUUGGCAAUAGAUCUCUUUGUUUUAUAUUUAUUUGCGCAUUUGGACUCGUCACACUAUUGCAACAGAUUCUCUAUGGAAAGAACUACAUUAAGAGUGCACAACAGUUUAGCCGACUCAAAGGGGACGAGACAGGAAAUUGGACCGGCCCCGUUAAUUUCUCGGAUGAUGGAUCUCUGAAGCCUGCCAGAAAUGGAAGGAAAAGAUGUUUCCGUCAGAAUUUUCAGCCAGAUUCACAGAUCUCCGUAAUAGUCACACCCUGCCUAGCCGAUAUUAAGAAGAAAAAAAAACGCUCUCAAAGGUAUCUGGAAAACUAUGAUGGCUCCUUUGAGUACAACUCCACUGCAUGCAGGGAGCUCAGACAGGAGAUUAUGGACGUCAAAGUCCUGACAAUAAACAUGGGUAAUCGGAAAAUACAUGGCCAUGGGUAUCCUUCCUCAUUCCACAAGUCUCUCUGCCUGUCUGCCAGGGUGAAAACCUCAGAGCUGUUUGAAAGAUGGCGAAACCUGCAGGUGUGUAGAUGGGAGCAGAACAAGGAGGAGACAAGCAACUUCAAGAUGUCUCUGUCUCGCUGCUGUAAUGCUCCUUCCUUUCUGUUCACCACCAAGAGGAACACUCCUGCAGGGACCAAACUGAGGUACGAGGUUGACACCAGUGGUAUUCUUCCCAUCACCACUGAGGUCUUCAAGAUGUUCCCAGAUGAUAUGCCGUAUUCCAAAUCACAGUACAAGAAAUGUGCUGUUAUUGGAAAUGGCGGCAUCAUCAAGAACAGCAAAUGUGGAAAGGAAAUUGACUCAGCAGAUUUUGUGUUUAGGUGCAACAUACCACCCAUUAAUGAGAAGUACACAGCUGAUGUUGGCACUAAAACAGAUCUGGUGACAAUAAAUCCGAGCAUUAUUACUGAGAGAUUUCAGAAGCUGGAGAAAUGGCGCCGUCCAUUUUAUGAAGUCCUCCAGAAUUACGAGAACUCCUCAGUGGUGCUUCCCGCCUUCUACAACACCCGCAACACCGAUGUAUCUUUCAGAGUCAAGUACAUGCUGGAUGACUUCGACUCCCAGAGAGGCGUGUUCUUCUUCCACCCACAGUACCUGCUCAACGUGCAGCGUUUCUGGGCGGUGCAGGGCGUUCGGGCCAAACGGCUCAGCAGCGGCCUGAUGCUCGUAACCGCUGCUUUAGAGAUGUGCGAGGAAGUCCACCUCUAUGGUUUCUGGGCAUUUCCCAUGAACCCCUCUGGCAUCUUCAUCACUCACCAUUACUAUGACAACGUCAAGCCACGGCCGGGCUUCCACGCGAUGCCCCAUGAAAUUUUCAACUUCAUUCACAUGCAUACUCGUGGGAUCAUCAACGUACACACGGGGCAGUGCACGUGAUCCCUUACUCCAACAUUCAACAAUUUUACCUUUUUAGUUUGUUUACUUUAAAUCAGGUUGUGUUUUAUGUCAGUGAGACAGUUUUCACUAUUUCCUCCCUAUUUAAAAAGAGAGUUCAGAGCGUACGCUUCUUUGCUCUCACCAAUUCAACGACACGUUGAAGGUUGCUUGCUUUAAUUGCCAACAUACUUCUCUUUUCAAUGUGUAUCUUAAGUUGUUUAUUUAGCCAAUCAAAUCACUAUGGUUAUCUCUGACUCUCUAACCAUAGGAUGCUUGUUUAUAAUGUGAAAAGUGGUCUUCAUAGUGAUGUUGUUUCUGUGAAGUUUUCUAGUGGCUCUGCUGUACAGAGGUGUUGUUUUCUACUCAACGUUGCACAGAUAUUUAUGCUGAAAUGGGCCGCAGUGGGUGUCUUUGUGCCCCGUCAUUCCCCCUUUCUUCUCUCUUUAUCUCGGACACUCUGUGGCUGUGGCAGCUUUUAAUGUUUGUGUAGAAGAAAACCUGAACCUUGAAAUUAAGCUAAUAUUAAAAAAAGAUGAAAAAAAUAUUGUAACAUCCAAUUGUCUACUUUUGUAAUCUGUUUCCUAUUCACCAGAGUCACUGGUGAAUAUUUUAAAACACUAUUUUUCAAUAGUGUUCACUGUUUUCAGUGGCCUACCUUCUCCCAUUUAAAAAUGUCCUCUGAUAUUUCUGGUGAAAAAAGGGUGUUUGAGAAGAGGAGUGUUUUGGACAAAUGCCAGAUAAAUAUUUUGCAAUGACACCGCCUCAGCAAAACUUUGACUUUCCAGGCCGUCCAAUUUGUAAAGCAACAUAGCACUGUUGAGGGACUCUAGCUGUCAUUCAUGUCUUAAGCCAUGCUGCCUUAUGAGAUAACAAACCCCUCUAUAUGAUAUGCAAUGCACCCAUGUGUUUUGCUUAUCUACAAAUGCAUUAACAUAAAACUAAAUCUUAGUUUGUCUCCUUGAAUCGAAGGACAUUUAAGACCCUCUAAGGUAUAGAAAUUCAUGUGAGGUUCUCAGCUUAUAGGAAUUAGCAAAGUCUUACUCCCUGUAAACUCCAUUCAUAAUCAUGUAAUGCUCUGCAUGACUUUAUACUUGGCUUUGUGUGUGCCUGCUUCAAUGAUCACUGAAAUAUGUUUACACUCUACUGAAGCUCACCAUGCCUGUGGAGAUAUAUACACAAACCUUUUCACAGAAAGAUGAAUGGACUCUUCGAAGUGAAUUGUAUAAUAGUGAAUGCAGUUCUCAUUGAUUAAAGAUGCAAGAAUGAAUAAUGUUGCUGCCAUUUUUGUGAGGUACUACGACACUUUUAUUACUAAUGUAUUAUUUCACCUUGCCCUUUGAACUGUGGACAUUCAGUUUAGCACUGGAAUAUUGUGUGGAUUUUACUGUUUAUUUUGUUGUACACUGAAAAAGAGACUGUAAAUUCAUAUUUUGUCACUCCUCUGUCCAUGCUUGGCUGUCCUUUGUAAUUGAAGGACAUCAUUGCUAAUAAGAUUUAAACAUGCUGUUUCUUUCACCAUUUAUUCAGACUAUUGUGUAUUUAUGCCUAAGAGAUAUGAGUUCAUACAAACACCAAAAAACUUUUGGCUCACCCACUAAAUUGUCGUACAGACACAAGUGAAUCAAGAAUGGAAAAGGAAGGGAACUGGUCUGUGUACUGAAUGGAGGUAAUAUAUAACAGUGCUUCUUAACUGACUCUGGAUCAUUCUUUAUACUGGUAUUGUGUUUGUAAAUAAACUUGUUUGGAUUUUCUCACUUGUA